AUAAAAAACAAUUUGUGUAACACGGUGUAAAAUGUUGCUCCAGUGUCGGCUUCUGAUCCAGUAUUAACAAGCUGCAGCGAGUCUACCUUGUCCUCCACACAGAGGACAAAAUGAAGACAGACUAUUUGGAAAAGAACAGUACUGGAGGAGUCUCUUUUGCAGAAGAUAGUUUCCGCCAGAGAACUGGAUCUGUGGCCCCCAAUCUGGAACACACUGAUUUGGACUACAGUGAAAUAACCAGGCUUUCCCUAUUUGGAAAAUACCACCAGAGCCUUCAGACCCUCAAACCCUUCCGCUGGUCUUCAUCACAGUCCCAUCCUCUGGAAAAUGCAGGUUUCCUGUCCUUUACAACCUUUGCCUGGAUGACCCCCAUGAUGUGGGCCAUGUUCAGGAAUAAGCUGGACAUGAGCUCUCUCAACUUGUCCCCUUUGGAUGUAGCCGAAACCAGUGGAAAAAGGCUCCACAGACUCUGGGAGGAAGAAGUGGCAAAGGUGGGCCUGGAAAAGGCCUCUUUGUUUCGAGUGAUCCUUCGCUUUCAGAGAACCAGACUGAUUCUGUCUGUCAUUACUGGUGUCCUUGCAAUGGUGAUGGUGUUUCUGGGCCCGGCUGUUCUGGUCUAUGAGAUCUUAAACUAUGCUGCUGACCCAGGGAAGUCCACGGUGUUCCACGGUGUUGGUCUGGCCUUCGCUUUGUUCACCUCAGAGUUCUGCAAAGCUAUCCUAAUAUCUUUGCUGUGGGCGAUUAACCUGCGCACUGCAGUCAGACUGAAGGGUGCCUUCUCUUCAGUGGCCUUUCAGAAAGUCAUCUCUCUGCGGGUGCACAGCGGCAUUUCAGUAGGAGAGCUGAUUAAUGUUUUGACCAACGAUGGCCACAGGAUAUUUGAGGCGGUAUUAUUUGGGAGCUUCAUUCUGUCCACGCCAGUGCUCUUUUUUGUGUGCAUCAUCUACGCCUGCUACAUUCUGGGCUACACCGCACUGACUGGAGUCUGCACCUACAUCAUCUUCAUCCCCAUACAGUUUUUCUUAGCCAAGCUCAUUAACAUAUUCAGAUGGAAAAGCCUGCUGAUAACAGACAGCCGUGUUCGCACAAUAAAUGAGAUUCUCAACAGCAUCAAACUUAUCAAGAUGUACGCCUGGGAAGAUUCCUUUGAGCAGAAGAUCGCAGGCUUAAGGAAAAAUGAGAAGAAAGAACUGCAGAGGGUCAGUUAUGUCCAGAAUGCCAAUACCAGCAUCAUCAACAUCAUCCCCACCCUUGCCACCAUUCUCACCUUCAUUGUACACACUUCAUUGGGCUUAAGCCUCAACACAACCGAUGCCUUCACCACCAUCGCCAUCUUCAACUCCAUGAGGUUCUGCCUGGCUCUGCUACCUCUGUCUGUGAAGGCCCUGGCUGACGCUGCUGUGUCGCUAACACGACUGAGGAAAAUAUUGCUGAUCCAGAAUCCAGAGCCCUACCUGAUGCAGAGGAAAGACAAUGACUCAGCCAUAGUUAUGAAAAACGCCACACUUUCCUGGACCAAACCAGACAGCCAACCAGACUCCCCACCCAGCUCAGCCAAUGGGGUGGAGGGACACAAAGUGGACGAAAUGUCCCAGAAUGGGAAGACUGAAACCUUGCCAACCCUGAGAAACGUCUCCUUCACACUGCCUAAGGGCAACCUGCUUGGUGUCUGUGGGAACGUGGGGAGUGGAAAGACAUCACUGAUUUCCAGCAUUUUGGAACAGAUGCACCUUCUGCAGGGCUCUGUCACAGCCGAUGGGACAUUUGCCUACGUUUCCCAGCAGGCUUGGAUAUUCCAUGGAACUGUUCAAGAAAACAUCCUGAUGGGGGAACCUUUUGACCAGGCCAAAUACGACAGAGUUGUGGAUGUCUGUAGCCUCAGAGCUGACCUGAAAAUCCUCCCAUAUGGUGAUCAAACUGAGAUUGGAGAGCGAGGGCUGAAUCUGUCAGGGGGGCAGAAGCAGAGGAUCAGCCUGGCCAGAGCCAUCUACUCCAAUAAAGACAUCUUCCUCCUGGAUGAUCCGCUAUCUGCUGUUGACGCCCAUGUGGGGAAACACAUUUUUGAAAAAUGCAUUAAGAAGGAGCUCCAGGGAAAAUCCGUCAUACUGGUUACACACCAGCUCCAGUAUCUGGAGUUCUGUGAUGACAUUUUGGUUCUCGAGGAUGGCAAGGUGCGGGAGGCUGGAAGCCAUCAGGCCCUGAUGAAAGCCAACGGACGCUACACUCAGCUCAUCAGCAACUACCAGAUGGAACAUUCCAAAACUCAGAAAGAGGAGGACGAAGUGUCACCCCAUGCUGCCCAGCUGAAGGAGGUUGAGCUAAGAGAUCGCACAGACGGCGGGAUAGUGAACCCAGCAUUUGACCUGUCAGAUGAAAAGGAUGAUGGAACGACAGCUGACCAAAAAUCUGCAGGCGGUGAUCAGCUGGUCAGUCAGGAGUCCUCCACAGAAGGUGCCGUCUCCUGGAGAGUCUACCAGCAAUACUGCCAGGCAGCCGGAGGCUACAUCAUCACCUUCCUCACCAUCCUGAACAUCGUCCUUAUGAUUGGAUCCACAGCCUUCAGCAACUGGUGGCUCAGCUUCUGGCUGGGGAACGGUAAUGGGACUUCAACCCAGGGCAACAUCUCAGAAAACCCAGACCUGCACUUCUACCAAAUUAUCUAUGGCGUGAUGGUGGUUGUCAUGGUGAUACUUGCCAUCAUGAAAUGCUUCGUCUACACUCAGGUCACCUUGAAUGCCGCCUGCAAACUCCACGACACCAUGUUCAAGAAUAUUAUCGCCAGUCCCAUGAGUUUCUUCGACACGACGCCAACAGGCCGCAUUCUCAACCGCUUCUCCAAAGAUCAGGAGGAGGUGGACACUGUGCUUCCCCUCCACAUGGACCCUUUCUUACAGUUUUGUCUGCUGGUCACCUUCAGCAUUAUCAUCAUAUCAGCUGUCUUCCCCCCCAUGCUGAUAGCUGUGGUUGUUAUGGGAGCUUUGUUCACCCUCAUUCUCUUUAUGUUCCAGAGGAGUGUCCGUCAGAUGAAGAGGAUGGAGAACAUCAGUCGCUCUCCCUGCAUCUCUCUCACCACCUCUACCCUGCAGGGCCUCAGCACCAUCCACGCCUACAACAUAAGAGACAGCCACAUCAAACUGUUCAAGUCACUGAAUGACAUCAACUCCAACCACUUUUUACUGUUUCACUCUGGGACGCGUUGGCUCUCCUUCUGGCUGGACUUCAUGACUUCGACCAUUACCUUGUUGGUGGCUCUGUUUGUAGUGCUCAGCAGUGAUGCGAUCAUCAGUCCGGCUUUGAAAGGCCUGGCCAUGUCCUACACCAUACAGUUGACAGGCAUGCUUCAGUAUGUAGUGAGGCAGGCGACGGAGGUGGAGGCGAGGUUCAACUCGGUGGAGCGGCUGCAGGAAUACAUCACGGGUUGUAAGUCUGAGGCCCCUAGACAUAUAAAGGAGGCUCAAGUCCCAGAGGACUGGCCAAAGAGCGGAGCCAUCACCUUUCAGGACUAUAAGAUGAGAUACAGAGAGAAUACACCCAUUGUCCUGAACGGGCUCGAUUUCAUCAUCCGAGCAGGAGAGAAGCUGGGCAUUGUGGGAAGGACAGGCUCUGGGAAGUCCUCUUUAGGCAUGGCUCUGUUCAGACUGGUGGAGCCGGCAGCAGGAACCAUCCUGAUAGAUGGAGUGGACAUUUCGGCCAUCGGUCUGCAGGAUCUGCGCAGCAAAUUGUCUAUCAUCCCCCAGGAUCCUGUGCUCUUUAUUGGCACAGUCAGGUACAACCUUGACCCCUUCAAUAACUACACUGAUGAGGAGAUCUGGGCGGCGCUGGAGAAGACCUACAUGAAGGACUCAAUCUCCAGACUGGAGGGGAAACUCCAGGCACAGGUGCUGGAGAAUGGAGAGAACUUCUCUGUAGGAGAAAGACAACUGAUGUGCAUGGCUAGAGCACUACUCCGCAACUCCAAGAUCAUUCUUUUGGAUGAGGCAACAGCAUCCAUCGAUGCAGAGACAGACACCCUGAUCCAGAACACCAUCAAAAAAGCCUUCCAGCACUGCACCAUGCUUACCAUCGCCCAUCGUAUCCACACUGUGAUGCACGCAGAUCGUAUUCUGGUCAUGGACAACGGAGAGGCGGCAGAGUUAGAACAUCCAGAUGUGCUGAAGCAGAGACCAGACUCUCUGUUUUCCUCACUCCUGACUGCUGCUAACACUGUGAACACCUGAGCCACAGAGGCCCUGUGGCACCACAGCACCACUGCACAACACUCUAAUAGUUACUCAUUCACACAACCAUAUCAUAAUCACUAUUCUCGUAUUGUAAUCUGGACUGGUGUGCUUGUAUCAGGCGUAACUGAGCAGCAGAGAUAUGGUUUUAAUGUUAAUGCAGAAUGUUCUUCACCUUUCAAACUGUGUAAAUAUGAUGUAUUUAUCUCUCCUGUGUGCUGUAACAAAUACAUUGACAAUGGUUUUUCACAGGCGUUUCAUAGUGGAUAUGAUUAGUCAUGUACUGUAUAUUUAAAUUAUAUUAUUUAUUGAUUUUGACGUCUUUGUUUGCUGCCACUUUGCAAACCACUACAUGUGAAGUUUCAAUCCGCUGGGUGAAUAUGCGCUACAUAUGCAAGACAUCUUGAAAUAACUAUUGCAUUUUUAUCAUAUUAAAGAACUGUAUAUAGGAAAUACAACUUAAACAUAAACUGAAUGAAGACAUAAAGAGUGGCAAUGAAUAACCACAUAAAUACAAGUUUCAGUUACACUGUGUGCUCCCAUCAUUUGCAUUAAAAAGUGUUCAGUCAAAUCGUCAAACACAUUAUUAGCUUUGUAUGUAAUAAUUAGAACUUAGUAUUAUUAUUUUAACCGGCUAUAGGGCUGCCUAUUUUGCAUUAACAGUUCUUUUUUUUUCACCAAUUGACCCACCACCCCUUAUCCACGUCAGUGAAACCAAUAGGAAAUGCUGAUUGAAGGGGUGGCUAAUGCUCUAUAGCUUUGCAAAGUCAGUGAAUUUGCUGGAGGAUCAGUUCAUGGAGAAAGUUUUCUUCUACAGUUGUGGCUCUUAAAAGAGAAUUUCACACAUAUGGGCAUCAAAUCCAGCCAGUGUCUUAUGAGGAAGAAGGUUUUCUGCUGUGAAAUCCCGUUAAGGCAUGACAUUCCUUUCAGCUGUGGUUAUUGUGUGUUAGUGGUGAGGUCUCGUCCCCAGCCUGCUCUUUCAAUCCCUCCUUUAUCUCUCCACUCUCCAUCCUCUCACCUUCCACUCAUGAUAACAACGAUGGGGAUGCACAUGCAUUAUACAUAUUAAGAUAUAUAAUCUUUACACAUGAAGAUAUAAAGGGAUGACUCACUAAAAAAAAAAAAGCAUAUUAAGAGCUAAUCUAAUGAGCACUUCACACUCAAGCCUGUCUCUUGUUGCAUAGAAAUCCAAUUUAGGAAGAAGGUGAACAAUAACCUGCCUUAUAUUUUAGUUUAUUGCUUAGUUUCCAGUGAUUACACAGAUUGUAACAUUGAUUAACAACAAUGAAGCAUGAAGUUCAGUUCAGCUGAUGCGAACACAGCAUGGAGUGGGACUGACAGGGCAAUGUUUACCGCAAAGUAUUUAACAGAAAUGAAGCAGGAUGGAUUUAAAAUGAAUCCCAGCUGUUUGGUUCAGAAACAGACGGGUCCAGAGUGAGUGACAAAAAAGGGAGUCACACAUGAAUGAAGGUUUAACAAAUUAAAAUGAUUGUAAAAUAGAA